GCAACAAGCAGCCCUAUGUGAGUGCCUGGUUGGUGAUUGUCAGUCUCUUAUUUGGAGAGUAAAUCAGAAACACCAGUGACUUGCCUGUGAUAUUGCUUCUUAACGAAGUUAUUAGGUAAAGUGUUAUGGCCUCAGUGAAGAAAUCAGCAGUACCUCUGGAUAUUGUGGCAGCAAAGUCACCAGCCAACCAGUACCUGCUACAUUUAUUGGAAGACAAGAGGACAGUCUCCUUUCAGCAGCCAACGGAAGAACGAAUUCAAGUUGUAUUUGAGGUGCUGGACACACUGACACCGCAGCUGGGAGUCUUCUCUAAAGUAUUACAACUCAUCCGAGCUGAACUAUAUGAUGCGAUUUAUAGUUCGACUAUCUCUGCUAGUCCAGUUUCAACACAUUCGGAGUCUUUGAAGAAAAUUUCGUAUUUCACUCUCGUGAGAAGGGCGCAGGAUGAGCGCAAUGAUGAAAUGGAGAAAAUAGAAUCAGACCUUCAGAACGUAAAAGCAGUUUUAGCUCAAAGGGAAGAAGAGAUCUUUCGUCUCCAGAGGGAAAUUCAUGCACUUGAGGAAUCAAACAGGACAUUGGAGGCUACAACUGCUGAUCUGAGAUUGGAGGCCGAGAAGAGCGGAAGGAAAAUCAAAGGGUUAGAGAAAGAUAUGGAAGCCGAGGGCAGACGUGGGAGAGCCGAGACACGGGAGCAUGAACAAUCAAUGGCACAAAUUCAACAUCAACUGAAGGCAGAACAGAAUAAAGUAGAGCAACUGGAGCAGUACAGACUGGGCUACGAGAAGCUUCGUGAAGCUUUCCGCUCCCCCCUGGCGAGGAAGAGGCAGAACGUGUUAUCGCCAGUCUGGAAGGUUCCUGCCGGAUUGCCGUCCCCUGCCCAUCAGGCUCAUAUCUUAUCCUACCUGCAGACCACAAGGCAUCUCCAUCAGCAGCUGCUCCACGUUCGGAACCAAGUCAUGGAUGACUUUGACUCCUUCCUCGAGACGCAGUUCCAUGCAAAAGGCAAGUCCAAGGCAGAGCCGAACGAAGAGAUAGAAGAGACAAAGAAGAAUUUCCUCAGCACCAUGAAGGAAAUUUCUACCGAGUUGUCCCUGCUGAGUCGGCAGAGGGAAAGCCUGGAGCAGAAAGUCGCUGGAUCUGGGAUCCCUUCCCAAGAGAUUCCUGAUAAGUCCCAGAAUGGAAGAUCAAAGACCCCCAGGCUGAUGGCCAAAGAGUCCCUACAGGUGAGGGAAGAUGGAGAAUUCUCCUCCUUGGAACUGGACCCUGAUGAGACCCUACUGAGCCGCUAUGCAGCCAUGAUCUACCUGAGCAGAGACAAUGGAAGGAUCUACGAGGAGGUGCCCGGAGCUUCUCUGUGUAACAGCUGCGGAGAAAAGACUUUCCUCUGCCCUCACAAAAUUGUGGCCUCCAGUGAGAUCUGCCUCCCCUCGAGCUGCACUCACAUCAAGAUCUGCAGGCCCCACGUGCACCGCUGCUCCUUAUCCGCUAAACUGCAAGGUAACCGGGUGAGUGCCGCUGAGAGUGCUGGGCCUCGGGGACUGAGGCCUGUGCUAUCCCAGAAGGCCCUGGGAAACGUCUCCAGCCAAUCAACACCAUCGCCAAGCAGCUGGCAGGGAAUCUGGGCUCCUGGAAUCCUGGGAAACCGGUUGGAAGAGCUACUGGAGCUGAAUAGAGAAGUACCCCGGAUAAUAUCACUGGAUCUGUGUCUGUCCCUCACUGAGCAACUGCUGGCCGCCCUGCUGCACCAAGGCCCCGGGCAAUUACAGGGCCCCCGUGUCCUGUCCAUUCAGGACCUGCUGUGGGACCUGCUUACAAAGCGAUACCUAGAGGAAGACAUGAGCAGCCUCGGGCUCCGGGACUUCCUGACAGCCAUGGAGACAUAUUCUGCUCAUAGUCAGGUUGUCAGCUUAUUGGGCCAUGUUCUGCAGGGGCAUCUGGAUCCCGCUGCCCUGCGCUAUGUUCUACUACAGGCCGAUAUGCUGGGCCCAGUAACCCUCGCGCAGGGUUCCGACUUCCAGUCCUUUAUACAGCAGCAUUACCCAUUCCUACAGGAAGUGGAGCGAGAUACUUUGAUUCUGGAGUUCACGGCCUACAGUGGGAGAGCUGCCACCCCCGCCCACAUAAUGGGAUUUAUCCUGCUGCUGGUUCUGCGGCACAAGGAGCCACUUAUAUUAGAGUUCGAAGCCACGCUGACGACAUUUGCCAAGACCCAGAGCGGUUCUGUAACUGCCGACGAGCUGUCUGACGCUCUCGAUGACCUGGUUCCUCUCAGCGGCAAGGCCGAGAGACAGUUCUUGAUCCAGCAGGGCUCGGCCUCCUUACGGGGCAACCGCAUCCCAGUCCGGCAAGCCGCACAUAUUGUGGGAUACUUGGGGAAGAAAGAAGAAAUAUGGAAGAAGGGGGAUCCAUUCCCAUCGCUCAGUGAGACACGCGGCUCAGAAAGCAGGGAGGGCAGGAGUGACGGGUCUCCGGGCAGCAGGGACCUCACAACCCUACGGAACGCACUGGAGCUGGCACAGGCCUGGGGAUCCCUAACUGGGCAGAUAUAAAUGGCCGCCCAACGGCCCAGCACUGCCAGUCUGCCUGUGGGACGAGCUAUUAAAUAUUCCUGGGCAUCUCAA